AAAAAGUCUCACAGAAAGAAGAACAUCUCGUGUAAUGUAUAGUGCCUGUAGCGAACGAAAAAACCAAAUUUUUGUAAUUAUAAAUGUGAUCCUAAAUUAAUGUGUUAAUCAUCUUCAUUAAUAGAGAAAAUGCAUUUCGUAUUUCCUCAGUAAUUGACGAAACGAUGUUUAUAAAGAUCCUGGCGAACAAAUAACAGGAGACAAUGGACAUCAAACCAUAUGAGGAGAAACUGCGAGAGUUGCAAGGCCAUCUCCCGUUUCUGGAGACUAUUACGAACAGCUUGAUAGGGAACGAUGGUAAAAUCGAUAUUUAUAAAAAAUUCAUCAAACUACACAAACUGAUCACGGACACUUUGAAUGGAGAUAGUUCUAGGAUGUCGUUGGAGACAAUAAUAAAAGUAGAUCGCAUGCUCAAAGAAGUAAUGAAACGAUCCGAAUUGAAGGCUAUCGAACCAAUGAAACCUGCUGCGGUAAAGAUCGAAAGUGACAGAGCAUCUGUAUCAGAGACUCCGGACAGUCCAUCUCCGCCACGGCAUUAUGAACGAACGUCGCCAAUUGAGAUUCCGACUGAACGGUCGGAUAAUCGUGAAAUUAAAAAAGAAAGAGACAGCCAUCGAUAUGAAGACAAUCGCCGGUACAGAUCAGAAUCCCGAACAGAUCAUCAACGGCCAGCGGUAGACAAAUACGGCGCCAGUCGAUAUGAUGGUGGCGACCGAAAUCGUUCACGCUACGAUGCACAUCAUGAACGCUCGAAAAGUCGUGAUAGUUAUCGCAGCGACCGUAGAGAGGGAUCUGACAGUUCGGAUCGUUACGGUAAAAAUGAUCGGGAUCGCGAUCGUCGCCGUUAUGACGACAGAGAUAGUCGGGAUAAUUCGUGGAAGAAAUACGAUCAACGUGUUAAGACUGAACGUUCGGACAGAUAUUCACCAUCCAGUCAACGUGGUAGCGGCGUCAGACCGAGUACAAGUGGGGAAAAUGAUUCCCACAAAUCGGCCUUUGAUAGACUUGGAGCAAGACCGUCAUCUACAACUACCGUUUCGAGACCAUCAAAUGACGAUGGACUAACAGAUGCUGAAUUAGCGGAAAUGAGAGCGAAAACCGAAAAGUCAUUCGGCUGUGACUCUGACGGUGAAGAGGUCAAGGAAUUACGAAAUUUGAUGGAGGUGCGUUCCAAGUUGGCUACUCAAAUGAGAUUGGCCGAAAGUAUACGGAAAAAGGAGAAACCAACAUCGACUGCUAGUAGUGAAGCGGCGUUGAAUAAAAUGUCACUGAAUCCGGUGCAUAAGAAAGCUGGCUCAAGAUUUGAAGUCGAUUCGUUGCGGGAGAGCAGUUCAACUCCACCAAAUAGCCAGCCAAAAGAAUGCUUCAGAAAAUUCAGUUUCGCGAAAACUCUUGCUCAGCCAAAGCGUACAACCGAAACAGUGACUGAUGCUCACAUGGAACCUAAAUCCAGUCCCAUAAACAUUGACGACGAUAUUAUCAAGAAAAUCGUUGCUCAACCGAUGAAACCGCAAGAUCGAAUUAUACCGCCAGCGAUCCAAGGAAUGAAUUUCCAUGACAUAAAGCAAGCGCUCGAGACGGCUAAGCAGAACCAGCAAAACCAGCAACGAUUAGCGUUAAAAUACAAUCCCAAAGCUAAACCGCGCUCGGAGCAAAAUACUCCAGAAGCCACAGUGCAAAAACAUCAGCAACAUCAACCAGAUCCUUCACAUCCGAAUAAUUUACAAUUGGUCUGCGUUAACGAUCCACGUGUGUCACGGGCACGCGAUCCACGAGUGCAAGUGCAACAACAAGAUUUGAGACUGCAAUCUUUUUCGCCACCGUCGACACCUCCUUGCCUUCCAAACCCUAAUUAUCUACCGGUCAUGCAACCAUCAGGAUACAAGCAAAGUUCAUAUCCAACAUCGAAUAUGCUGCCCGCACAGAAUCACUUUCCAUCGCAGCAAAAUGUUUACCACAGCACCAUUUCACCGCAACAUCAUUUACAGUCGCAAUCUAAUCUAAUAUCGAUUACACCGCACGCGACCCCAUUCAAUAAUCACAGAAAUCCUCAUCGUGCAUCACCAGUCAGUUCCAGUGACGUUUCACCGCCACCUCGAUAUCAAUACCAACAACCAUCGUAUCCGGAACCGAUUCGGAAUACAUCGGGAAUUCACAACAAAUUUCGUCCAACCCUCAAUGACAACGUCGAACGCCAGAAAUACGAACAAUCGCGUAACCGACGCUCGAGCGAUUAUUUCGAAAGGGAAACACCGCAGACCUAUGGGGAGUACAGACGAAGUCUCAAUCCGACCGUUUCAUCAACAUCGGAAAAGUCGGAAAGAGGAAACAGUGAGACCCGAUCAGCAACAGUUUCCACCUCACAUCACGACAAGGUCUAUCGAAGCGGUAAUUAUGCCACGCCCAUACCUUCAGUUACAACACAGCCCACUGGCUCAAAGUUUAAGAUUCCCAAAAAAUCGACGAGCAACACAGCCAGGCCUACACCUGUUACAGUCAGUCGCGACUCAAAGGAUUCAGAAGACGAACAAUGGAAUGCAAGAUUGGUUAGAGAUUCUGAUGAUUCAGAGUAUGAAGCAGUCAGCAAUGCUGAAACGGUUGUCAUUAGCGAUUGCGAAACGUCGGACAACAUCAGAGAUCCGAGGAUGCGUGCUCAAGCUCUCAGAAAAACAUCGACAUCGUCUGAACGUAAAACGAAAGAGACUGCCGAAAAGCCGACAGAGACUGCAGAAAAGCAGAAUGAGGCUGCCGAAACGCAGAAAGAGACUGCCGAAAAACAAAACAACGUCGUCACCAGUUCGACAUCGAUUGUUCCAGAAAGUGUGCCCAGUGGUGACAAUAUGGAAUUUUUAAAGCACUUGACCAAUCCGAACAAUUUACUUGCAUUGAUCAAUCUAGUCGGUCAGAUGUCCGAUGACGCAACGUUCACAAAAGUCAAAGAAGUUCUCGAAAAGGCCAAAGAAUCGAACGCAACACCCACACCAGUAGAAGAGAAUCAGUCUGCAAAUCUGGCCGCAUCAACGACCAAGGACAAAGUGGAUGUACCCAAAACACCGCGGAAAAAGUCCAAAAAUGAACUGGAAAAACUGAACGAGGACAUUCGUACCAUGUUCAUCAGUGAUGGUGUGUUGAAUGCAACGGGUCGUCGUGUCUGUGCACUUUACAAUAAUGCUGCUGAUGCGAAGGAGGCAGCUGGUGCAAAAAGCAAUAGACCUGUCAAGAGACAAGCGAAAGAUGACGUUUCCAUUCCAAAAGAAGUUUAUCCAGAAGGUCGCAUCACCAGACGACGAAAUACAAUGGUUUGCCACCCAUCUACCCAACGAGUCCAACGAUCCGCACCGCGUGAUACAGAUGUUACUAAAGAACAACAGUCAGCAACGCCCGAAGCACCGAAAUCAACUGCCCCAACUCAACGAAAUGUGAUCCAAGAGUCUACAACGUCUACGCCACCAGUUCAAAAAACCGCAAAUGUGAAAGGCGCUAAGGCGAAGAAACAGCCACAACCGGAACCUGAACAGGUCGACGAGCCGCCUCCUACGAAACGAAUAACCCGUGCCCAGUUGAAGGAAUGCAACAUUGUGUUGGAGAAAUUAAGUCCGGACGCGUCAGUGGAAAGUCUAACGAAUUUGGCGAGCCCGAAGAAAGAUGGCCGAGGGAAACGGGCGCGAAAUGAAGAAGCAGUAAAGAAGACCGGUGUCAAGAAGGCGAAAAAGGCAAAGAUGAUUAUGAAGAACAUCGAUCCAAACGUGCAUAGCUUAAAGAAAAUUGUCGAUUGUCCGGUGUGUGAAAAGCCUGCAAAGCUGUCGAUAGUGAACCAUUUCGUCACUUGGCAUCCCGAUUCGGAAGUUUACACUUGUCGACUUGCUCCAGAAGUUGCCGACGCUUUACGUAACUCGAAGCACGUCACAGUUGCGGAACAAUUUCAACCGGAAGGGAGAUGUUACAAGACCUUUUCUCACAUUUGCUACUUCUGCAAUGUGACGAAAUCGUUGACGAAAGUAUUCUGGAUGAAUCACAUGUCCAAACACACCGGCUACUACCAGUACCAAUGCAACGACUGCUCACGACAAUUUGCCGAAAAGAACAAAGCCCACGCGUGUAAAGGCACAAACAAUCUGGCAAAGAUACCGCAACCGCAAUUCGAAAUCCGCAACAAACACACUUUAAUGGCAUACAUAUGCGACCUGUGCAAUUUCGUGCGAUUCCAUCAAGCUGACAUCGAGAAGCAUUUGCGAUGCGAACAUGAAACGACAGAUACUAAGCAAUUCAAAGAAGUCGUUUUCCUAUCGUUUCCGAAAAGACAGCGCAAAGGUCAUGAAGCAGAAGAGGAAGAAGAAGAAGAAGAGGACGUCUCCGAAAGCAGUGAUGAAGAAGAAAUUGUAGUUAGCUCGUCGAAACGUCGAAAAAUAAAAGCCGAUACCGAUGACAAGGAUGUGCCGGACGUGCCUGCAAAGAAGGUUCUACGAUCACGAGUUUUGAACACUGAAGCAUUCAUUUCCGAGCCGAAGGAAGAUGACGGAUUGUUCGAUAAAGAUACCAUGAAGUUAAUGAAGGAUAUGUCCUUCAGUGCAUCAAAAGAUGGCGAAUGCACAGCCAGAUCGAAUCGUGCAAAAUCAAUUGCCGAAAAACUGAGCGAAAGAUUCAAUUCGGUGCAGGAAGAUAGUGCCAGCAAAUUGGAAGAGACUGAGACAAAGGCGACAAAGACGGAGCCCUUGGAUCCAUUAACUUGUGACGAAGGCAUUCCGAUUGUCAGAGUAACGGCGAGUGAAAAUUGUCAGCCAUCGGAAGAAACUAUUGCGGACACUACGACAGACGUUCAGAUGGAAUUGAAGAUUACGAACGUCACAACAGUUACCGAUGAAAAGGUUUCACUUGAAGCGGUCAAAGACGAUAAUUGCAUUCCACCCGAAGAAACCGAAGAGGCUAUCGAUGAGUCGGACGAUAAUUGGGAAUCGUAUUCGAGUGAAGACAGUGACGGUGACUCCGCUGAAGUUGCUGAGGCUGAGGAACCAUCGGUAGCAAUACAACGUCAACCUAAUCGGAAAAAUACCGGCAUCAUCGACACGAUAGCUCGUCUACAGCAAUCGAUUUCGUCGCAGGGGACUGGUGCCAAUGUGGAAGCUACAGAAAAGACAGCCGAAGCUGCAUCGAGUGACGAAAACGUUAAAGAUGAAGCGAAGCGUGGAGUUGACACAAAGAAAGCAGAGAACAAAGACACAAUUGAACCAGCAUCGGUUGAUGGUGCGGAGCUGAGCGAUAAAGACAAGGUAGAGUCGUUAACACAUGACACCGCAGCCAGUGAACCUAUGGAAGUCGACACCGAAAAUGCCGAUGGAUGUGAUAAAGUUAAAAAAUGUGUGAGCAAUGGACGGUCUUCGAACGGUAAUUUUGCAUUCAACUUAAUGGGAACUGUCCACUCGGUUCCACAAUUCGGUUCGCACAGCUACGGCGGCUCAUCAUCGAAUGCUGCCGCUUCGAACAAUGAUGUUGAUAUGGUGGACGUAAACAAACCAGCCAAAAUCCUUACUCGAAUCGAUAACAUUGGUUACACUCGUUCACCAGAUGGCGGCGUUUCUUUCUGUUGCCUGAUUGAUAACUGCGGUUUCGAGUCGGUCGAUCUAACCAAUCUUUUGUACCACAUCGAUGAUCACGUUGGCGUUCAAUGGUAUGGUUACUGUUUUACGUGCAACGAUCAAAUCGAAACGGAACAAGUGCAGUUAAUGAUGGAAUUCCGGCACAUGACUACGGCACAUUAUCAGAAAAAGGAUGAAAAUGAGUCCGGUGCCGACAAAGCAACCGCUGGGGGAAAGCCCACAUUCAUCAAAUGUAAGAUGUUACCGGGCGACAAAUUGUCCAAGUUGAAAGAAGAAGAAGAAAUAGCGGCCAAGGCCGCACAAUUGAUCACUGCUCCGUCAACAUCGACGUCCGCUACCAGGUCUAGAUUCAUAAAGAUAACCAACGUUAGAGCACUGACGGAUAACAUGAAGUCGCUGAGUGCAAUUGAUGCGAAACCAGAAGCCAAAGAGACCAGCGUCACCAUGCCCAAAGAAACCGGCAUUCCGACUGCCAAAGAGACUGGCUUCACGAUCUCCAAAGUGGUAAGCUUGGGCUCAACUAGCAGAGAAUAUAGCGACAAUGAACUGGUGUCGUUGAAAGGAUGGGGUAACAAUCCAACGAACAAAUUGCAAAAGAAUUGCAAGAAAAUGUUGCGAGACAUAUGUCUGUACGCGCUGUUCAAGUGCAUGGACAUAAACUGCAUAUUCACAACGGACAACGCCGAUCAUAUGCUGACCCAUUUGCGAAACCACGAAAAAAACAUGUCCAACGAAGCACCGAGUUGGCUGGAGUGUGCCUACUGUGACAUAGUCGCAGAUUCGUGCACGUUGCUGGUUAAACACAUUCAGGAUGAACAUCAGUCCAGCAUAUUCCAAUGUCCGUACUGCUUCUAUCGAAGUUGUGCGGCUUUCAACGUUGUCGUUCAUCUAAAGCUGUACCAUCCGAAGGAGAAGAAGUCGGUGCUGGUGUGCAACGGUAAACCACGGAUGUAUGCAACGGAAAAGGCUCUUAUUGAAAAGUCGCGUAAAGAAAAUAUUCGUCCGCUGAGAUGUACGGAAGAUUGUCACAAAAUCACCUACGUCAUGGACCAUUUCGUGAAUCACAUGAAGAAUUCGCCCUCUCAUACCGACAAAUUCAAAUGUCAAUUUUGCGGCUUCAACACUUUGGUAUCUGAAACAUCAAAACAUUUAUUGGUGCACAGUGUUGGCGUGUAUGAAUGCGUCUAUUGUCACUACGGCAUCAACGAUGUGGAUAGUAUCCAAAAUCAUAUGUGCAACACACAUCCAUCCAAAUUGCUCUACAUUUGCGUUCGGUUGACGCGCAAGGAUCGUGCUAUGACCGACGAACAGCUAAGCUCCGUGGAGUCUACACUGAUUGUGCUUCUUGGCCAAACGGUCGAUAAAGGAUUGUUCCAGCGUUGCCCAUUCACCGACGAACAGUUGAGUUUCAUGGAUCCAGCCGUUUCAUCGAAUGCAAUGGGAUCAAUUGCUGUAGCCCCAUCCACUCCUACUCCAACGUCAUCGAAUGUGACUGCAGCACCAUUGGGACUGAACAUUUCGUCCGUCACCAGCAUUCCCAGCGAAUUAUUUGCGAAUCCCACGGAAACGAUAACGGCAUCCAAAAGUGGACUGAUGCUGAAUGACAUCCUCAGCUACAAGGACUUGGAAAGGGAUUACAUGCACGAGGAUUGGGACAAAUACUUUGCAACGUUAACCGUUCCGUCUAAAACCGUACCGAGACGGAAAUCAUCGGCAACGCAAGCUGUUGUUGAAUUGCCGGACAAUAAGAAAGCCACCACUUCAUCCGCGACUUCCAGAACAGAUUUAGUGCAAGAGGAGAUUGAUAAUGCCGCUUACGUUUUGGUUAAAGGAACAGGCCUGGAAGGACCAGAUCUAUAUCGCUGUAGUUUUAGCAAUUGUGACGAGCGCAGUGACGACAUUUUCAUCUUCAAUGUUCACCUGCUGAAACACUCGCAAGUUUCUGUCGGAUUCAAGUGCUAUCACUGCCAAGUGGUGUCAAAGAACAUUGUCGGCCUCAAGUAUCACAUCAAAGUGCAUGGAAUCCAUCGAUACUUCUGCUAUUUCUGUAACUAUACCAGUGCGAUAGUGAACGACAUUCAGAAGCAUAUGCAGGACACGCACUCCAAGAAUCAUGUGAACACGAUACCGCUGAAUCCGAAGAAAAACGACCAGAACAAGGAUAUGUUUGUGAUGUGUCCGCGUGGUUUACGCCAGGAAGAGCUAAAUCGUUUUGGCAUCGCCCUGAUCAACCGAAACAAACGACAGCAAACGUCAUCGAAGAAAUACUAUUCACCCGAAGACAUUGACUUUCUGCCCCGCGAUCCCAUCUUCAAAACGUUCAUUUUCUGCGAAGUUUGCAACUAUUCCACACAAGUUCGUAGUAACUUGACCCGUCAUCUGGCCGCCCACAAAGACGAAAAAAGUGUCUCAAAAGUGGAUCCAGUCAACCCGGUGCCAUGUCUGGACACCGGUGAAAAACACUUCGACAAAAUGAUCAACCUGGCGUGCAGUUCGAACGAUACCAAAACGGCGUCGGCCCAAUACGAUUCGUCGGUAUUCAUCCCAGAAAAUCGACGCUUCGUGUGCAAUGCCCGAAACUGUCAAUAUCAAAACAUCAGCGAGAAUAUGCUGAUGCGUCACUUGACCACAUUGCAUCCGAGCGAGGAGCAUUACAAAUGUCCGCACUGUAAUGUACUGAUCUGCCAGAAAAUGGACGCCGAAAAGGUGUCGCUUCAUUUGCGGAUGCACGAUACGAGAAUCUUCAAAUGUCCGAAGUGCAUGUUCGCCCAUUAUGUCAAGUCCGCUGUGGAUAAGCACCGAGACGAAUCGCAUCAGGGCGUUGUCGACCAGGCCAUACUGAUCACACGUGACGAAACAACCACAAGCCUACUCGACGGUCAGCCGAAAGUAUCGAAAUGGAAGUGCAGUUUGUGCAACGAUCUAUUUGCCACACAGAAGCACAUCCAGGCUCACAUUCAGACAUCACAUUCGAUCAAGUUUCAGUAUCAAUGCGACAUUUGUCCCGAGGUGCAAAGCAACAACAAGACAACGAUCCAAGAGCACAUUAAUGCGAAGCAUCCGAACCAAAGCGGUCAAAUCAAGGUCUACUACAAGAAGGUGGAGUGUGUCGAAAAUGAUAAUACGCCGAUUUGGCGUCGUGACGACCCCAAUAAGAUAAAACACAUCCGGGGAAUUCUCUUCGAAGAGGAGAAUGUCCGUACAACCCCCACCAAACGGGAUCAAUUUGAGGUAAAAAAAAAAACUUCACAAAAGAAACGAUCCGAUAAACCAGUCGUCGAACAAAAUAUCUCAGAUAUUGGCGAUGUUCCGGUCGUCGAACCAGAGCCCGAACAAACAAAGUCCACCGACGACAGGGAAUCCAAUGCCAUCGUAAUCGUAUCUGAUGAGGAUACAGCCGAUUUAGACAAAUCCAACGGUACCGGUAAAACACCGACAUCGUCAACAGUUUCCCAUCCAAUUCCGUCGACUUCAAAAAACUUGUUUGAGUCAGGUAAGAGUUUAAUGGGCAGCAGUAACACGCCGAUAAAGCCAUCACAAACCGUCGUACGAGCAGAAGCAACUAGUUCCGGCAUCAAAGCGAACAAGGAACCGUCCCUGGAUAAAACAUACCUGUGCGGACGUUGCUGUAAAUAUUCCGAUAAUACAAUCGCACUUGUACGAGCGCAUCAGGCUACUGCACACCCGAACGUUCAGUGUGAAAUUUUCAUGCGUAACACGAACGACAAAGUGCCGGAAAUCAAAGGCACAACAAAACUCUUGCCUGACGCAACCAACGUUAGCUCAAAACCAAAACUUACCGACUGCAUCAGUUACGGCUGCCAUCACUGCAUCUUCAAAUCACAGCAACCUGAAAUCAUCUACAAGCACUGGAAGGAGAAUCAUAAGCAUCCGAAGAUCACAACCAAAAACAUUGAAUUCCCCAGUCGUCCGUUCUUCUUCCGCAUUGCAAGGACGUUUCAAUGCUGCUACUGUCGCCGCAGCAGUCACUUCAAGGAUCUAAAGGUCCAUUGUCUACGAAGCCAUCCGUACGAAUCGUUUGCCAUGAUCAACAAUUUGGAGCCGAAAAAAUGUGCGCUGUGUGUGCACGAAUUUAGUAGCGCCGACAUCAAUGAAGUGAUCAAACACUUUAAAACAUCGCACAAGAAUUUGACCUCAACCGAACCCGACAUUCACUUGACCGAUGAAUUGAUCGACGAAGUUACAUCCGUCUUGCCGCGCGAACAAGUCAAGUGUACACAAUCCAACUGCAACACCGUUUUCUUUACAAUGGCAGAAUUGGAGGAGCACCACACAUUAAGACAUUCCGGCAGCCAAAAGGAAUACGUCUCCAUACCCAACGAUCCGAUCAUGUAUGGCUGCUCAAUCUUUUGCAAGGAUACCGCGACGAGUGAACCAGAAAUGGUGGCACAUAUUCGGAGUCACAUCAACGACUAUCAGUGCAAUUUUUGCGAGAAACGAUUCGAUAAAUUGGAAAUGGUCAAAGUCCACCACGAAAUCAUGCACGACUCGAAGGACGAAACGUACCGCAAUGUCGACGUUAAGGAGCAUUUGAGCAAAUAUUCCGCAAUGAAAAUCAUCUUUCCGAACGGUUUGGUGUUGACCAAGUCUGAUGCCAAGCAUACCAAGUACGGUUCGAUGGACGAUGCUGUGAAGUUGGUCACCGAAAUGAAUGAGAAAGAUCUGGAAGUGGUACGGAAGCGACAAAAGGAGCACAGCAAGAAGGAACCCGAACCCAAUGCGAAAGUAGCUAAAGACGCUAAAGAUGUCAAGGAAGCCAAGCAUGUCAAACCUUUGGUGAUCAAGAAAAAGGAUUUAAAACGCCAUCACAUUCUCGACAGUGAGAGUGACAGUGACAACAAUCCAUCAGAGCUCACAGCUACACCUACACGGACACUGCGAAAGAAACGCAAAGCCUACACCGAAACAGUUGUUCCUCCGAAAUCAUCCGACCAUAAAUCGAAAAUCGACUCUACCAGCAACAGUGACGAUAACACACCACUGAAGCAGCUAAUUCCCAGUUUAGGCUCAUCCUUCGUCAGAUCUUCACCGCGUAAAGCGAAGCCAACGCCGUUGGUACCAUCCGAACCAUCACACGAUUCAAAGAGUAAAGUCGAUCCGCCCAGUACAAGCGAUGACAGCGAACCAUUGCAACAAUUGGUUCCGUUAGUGAAUUUAAGCAAAAAGACGAGACGAUCCGAUCUGUCGAAAUUGUUCAUUGAUAUGCCAUUCGGUGACAGUAUUGUCAAGGUGUCUUGUGACCGGUUCUCAUUAUUGUUCAAUAUCAGUCCAAAAUUGCGGCUCAAGAGAUGUGACAGAUUGGUAACCAAGUGAACAUUGCACGGCAUGGAUUAUCAUCAUCAUCAUCGACCAUCGUUCGUUACCUAAUGUUUUUGUUAUUUUAUAAUAAGUUAAACGGUGUGAAGUAGUUGAUAGAGGCAUGACACACACUCGAAUCAAAUGCUUUAACAUGAAAAAUCAAGAAACAUGUCUUUACCAACUACUUCAAACGGUCUAGAGUUAUCAUUAACGACACUUUAUCAUCGAACAUCAAAGUCUGUUUCGUUUUUACAAUCAAUAUUCGGGACAUGCAUCCAUGUUACGUACAUUUUUUUAUGUAUAAGAAAACCUUUAUGUUUCUAUUUGAAUUUAAAAUAAUUAAUUUUUUAAGUUGACUUAGGCUUAAGGAAAUAAAAAGAAUUGAAAAAAGAAAAACUGAAAAAAA